AUGCCUGGGUCAGGCGGAAAACACCGCUCCACCUCCUCCGCCGCUACCUCCUCCACUACCGCCACCUCCGCCACCUCCGCUCCCACCCCCACCGCCGCCUCUGCCUCCGCCUCCACUGACGCCACUGACGCCCCCACCCCCGCCACCACCCCCACCGCCACCCCCACCCCCUCCACCACCUCCACCUCCGCCUCCACCGCCCCCGCCAGCUCCUCCAGCACCCUUGCCCCCCUUGCCCUUGCCAGGGCGGCGUCUCCCGCUAGGGGCAGACGCCGCAGCGACCGACUCAAGACCAACGAGGUCGGCCGCAGCAGCAGAGGCAACAGAGGGCAAGAGGGGAGAGGGGGAGCACCCCUCAAAGACAGGGGUACGAGGGUCACCGCGAGAGGCUUCGACAGCGACUAUGCUCUUCUCUGCCGCUAG